AUGAAGCUCCUUCAUAGCCUUGGUUUCCUCGUUGUUGCCAAUGCAGCAGCGUUAUCCGUUCCUACGGCUGAUAUCCCUGGGAACACCAAUUUGGUCUCAGGCGAGCUUGUUGGCUAUGGUACCAAUGAGGUCGAGGUCCGUACUCCAAAUGAAGCGAAAGUUCUCGAGGCACGAGUUGCCCCAAACUGUAGGAGGAUUGGCAGGGUCAUCUCACGAAUCAGUAAGAGCAGUGCGGUCGCUGCACUACUCCACCUAAGUACUGGGGAAGCCAAGAAAGUCUGUGAGCAGGAAAAUUCCCCCAACUGCGCGAAAUAUGUGGGUUAUGUUCAAAGUGCACUGGAUAUACUCUUCCUCCUGGCUGGCAUACUCCACGGAGCAGUUGGUACUUCCUCUACCGCUGAGGAUUCACACCUUGACCCUGGUCCGGUGCGUCGUGGCCUGCCUAUAGACACAUCCUCCGCAGAUGCUUUACACGCUGCUCUCCAGAAUGAUGGGUGGAUCUAUAACCUCUUGGAACAAGUCGAUGUCUCUAGCCUGAAUCUUGAAAAGCGCGACUCUGAUCCUCGGAUGACUCAACGCUUAAUUGCUCGCAAUAUGACCCUCGACGACCAAGGCAGUGCUUCUGAUAUUGCAUUCAAUUACUUUGACAACGGCGAUCUCAACCUACACUUCCCCGGAGGCGCUGGCACCUUCCCUACCGGCAAUGCUCAGGACUCGCCUCUUCACACGCGUUUCGAUGGUGCUGGGUUCAAGGUCUCCGCCACUACCCGUAAGCGGUCGCCGUUGGCUCGCGACCAGCAGAAGGCCAUGGCUCACGAAAUUGCAAAGGAUUGGGCGUCGGAUGCAUACGCUUAUCCGAUGGCUGAUUACAUGGGACUGGUGAAGACUGAUAGCCACCCCAACUUCUACUUCCGUAUCAUUCCUGAGGUCAGGGGCUUUGGUCUAAACUAUGAGUCGGUGGAUAUCUGUGGCCCGUUGUAUGAAUUUGUGUAG